CAAUUCUGGUAUUUGGCAUCAGCUUCCGCAUACAUGUCUGAUGUUCCAUGGGACUGUGUGGCCGUUUCUAAAGACAUACCGAUACCCUUCACCUAUGAUAAACAUGGCAUAAAUUACGAUGAGUUCACCUUCAAUGAAAAAGCCAAUAGAGUCAUCAACAUUGGUGAAACAACAUUCAAAUGGUACAACAAUAACAUUACGGAUGCCUGCCAACAGUGUGAAUAUGAAGAUCGACACUGUGGAUUCAGCUCACGAACACAUCAAGCAUUCUGCCAGCAGCAAGGUACGCAUGUCAUCCUAGUUGCAGCAGCAUCUGUAACUGCAUUUGUAGUUCUUUCAUUGAUGGUGGCCACCGCGAUCUAUUUUUCCUUGAAAUCAAGGUACAAUGAAGAGAUAAAUAUGAAAGUCGAAAUGUUUCUCAAGGCAUAUGGCACAUCGAAACCCACAAGGUACACUUUCCUUGAAGUGAAGAAAAUAGCAAGACGGUUCAAGGAUAAACUGGGCCAGGGUGGAUUUGGAAGUGUAUACAAAGGCGAGCUACAAAAUGGAGUUCCUGUGGCAGUCAAGAUGCUAGAGAAUUCUACAGGAGAGGGGGAGGAAUUCAUCAAUGAAGUUGCAACCAUUGGACUAAUCCACCAUGCAAAUAUUGUCCACCUCUUGGGCUUUUGCUCCGAAGGAAUGAGGCGGGCUCUUAUUUACGAAUUCAUGCCUAACGAGUCACUGGAGAAAUACAUAUUCUCACAUAUGUCCGAUAUUUCUCGACAGCUCCUAGCACCCAACAAAAUGCUAGAUAUUGCUCUAGGCAUUGCCCGAGGAAUGGAAUACCUGCAUCAAGGGUGCAACCAGCGCAUUCUCCACUUUGACAUCAAGCCACACAACAUCUUGCUGGACUACAACUUCAAUCCGAAGAUCUCAGACUUUGGCCUUGCAAAGCUCUGUGCAAGGGACCAAAGCAUCGUUACCUUGACUGCAGCAAGAGGCACAAUGGGAUACAUCGCACCAGAGCUAUACUCCCGGAACUUUGGAGGAGUAUCAUACAAGUCUGAUGUAUACAGUUUUGGCAUGCUAGUGUUAGAAAUGGUGAGUGGAAGGAGGAACUCAGACCCAAGUGUUGGAAGCCAGAACGAUGUCUACCUCCCGGAGUGGAUCUAUGAGAAAGUAAUCACUGGGCAGGACUUGGUAGUUACUUUGGACAUGGCAGAGGAAAAGAAAGAAAAGGUGAGACAACUAGCCAUCGUGGCACUGUGGUGCAUCCAGUGGAACCCGAAGAACCGGCCAUCAAUGGCAAAGGUGAUACACAUGUUAACGGGGAGGUUGCAGAACCUACAGAUUCCCCCUAAGCCAUUUGUGUCGUCUGAAAAUCAUCCUGCAACAUAAAGCACGGAGAACAUGCUGCCAUGAUUUGGUACAUACUGUGUGUUGUACAGCAAUGCAUAGCACUAGGGUGCAGUGUAUUUUCAUCUUUCUGUUCUAUUAGCACCUGAUUGUAUGAAUAAUCGUCCGUCCCAUGUAAUAGUACUACUAGGUAUAUGCAAGAACAUAUGAGAAGCAGAUCGAACUUUAUUUGGACUGUAUAACAGUUAAAAAUGCAGUAGUUUGUUGCUUA